AUGAUAAAAAAGUUUGAUAACUUUACUGAGAGAAAGAAGGAAUUUGGCUUUUUGACUGAAAUUCGCAAAAAAGCUAAAAUUAGCAGUAUAAUGCUGUCUAUGAAUAAGCAAGAUUGGAAAAGGACCAGAGCUAUUGUUAAUCCUGCUUUUUCAACCAAGAAGUUAAAAAUGGUAUUACCACUUAUUGAAAGAAGUUGUGAUACAUUGGUCGAGAUAUUUAGUGACAUAAGCAGAAAGAACAAUGGUGCUGAGUUGUGGAGAAUAUUUGGACAGUUUGAUAUGGAAGUAAUUCUAGCGGCUGCAUUUGGUUGUCAAGUCAAUAUUCUUAAAGGAGAAAAGAACUCUCUGACAAAAGCUGCUAUAGGAAUAUUCACACCUAAUUUAUAUAAUCUACUAAGUGAAUUGUGCACUCAAAUUCCUUUCUCAACGAAGCUUUUUGGAUUGUUUUUUGCUAAAAGAUUGAAACUAACCCAAUACCAUAAUACUGCUAGAAAUUUUAUUCUUGAUGUUAUUAAUCAGAGGCACCUGCAAUCAUACAAAAAUACAAAUGUUGACCUUCUACAGCUUUUGAUGGAAGCCAAAGCAGAAGAUGAUCAAAUUUGUCCUGGUUCUAAGCAAUUAACUGAUGACGAAAUAAUUUCUGUUUCAUUAUUUUUUCUAUUAGCUACAUAUGAGACAACUAGUAACUUACUGGGAUUUACAGCUUAUCUUCUGGCAAUGAACCAUGAUAAACAAGAUAAACUUACUCAAGAAAUUAAUAACUACUAUCAAUGCAAUAAAGAUUCUUCUCUUUAUGAUGCUGCACAUGGCAUAGAGUAUUUAGACUGGGUAAUAAAUGAGUCACUGAGAAUAUAUGCACCAGGAUCAAUGUUUAGUCCUCAUGAGAAAGAGUCUCACCAUCCGAUGUGUUUUAUGCCAUUUGGUGCUGGUCCUCGUAAUUGUAUUGGUAUGAAACUUGCUUUAAUGGAUGCUAAAAUGUGUCUAACAAGUUUACUGAGAAAGUACAAGUUUGAGAGAGCACCAGAAACACAAGUUCCAUUGAAGACUAGCAUUGGCCUCUCACAGUCACCAGUUAAUGGAAUAUUUCUUAGAGUUCUCUCAAAAUAA